AUGCUCUACUACUUCAGGUCUCCGCUGUUCAUUUCUCUCGCUCUUACAGGUGUCGCGGUGGCUCAGUUCGAGUUCCCCUGCCCACCAGUCCUUCCUUCAUACCCAGAAUACCCAUUUGGCUGUGUUGUUGGGACGUGUAGCGUGCCCAACACAGUUGCGAUCACGUUCAACGGCGGUCCCUCUCAAUUUACUUCUUCUGUGGUCGACAUCCUCAAUAAACAUAACAUGAAGGCCACCUUCUUCGUCACUGGGAAGAAGGAUGGCCAGUGCAUCUACGACUACGCCGACGCAGUCAUCAAAGCGGAUGAUGCGGGUCAUCAAAUUGGCUCAUAUACCUGGGGCCACUUGAAUCUCACCGACUCAACUCGUGAUGAAAUACUCGAGGACGAUGCGAAGUUCCGGGACGCCAUGCGCAAAAUCUUGGGCAAACGAUUUCGAUGGAUGCGACCCCCUUAUGGCGCUCUGAAUAGAGACGUGCGGGAAACUUUGGUUUCGAGGGGCAUCCGGUACAAGAUUGCGCAUUGGAGUCAUGAUACGCAAGACGAGAGUCUUUCUGUCGAAGCUAUCAAGGCCAAAUUCAAUGAACUUCCCGAUGAUCCAAUGGUUGUUGUUAUGGCGAACGACUGGAUCAAGUCUACCGCUGAGGAACUCAUGCCCUGGAUCGUCGAGUGGGUUCAGAAGCGUGGGCUGAGAGCUGUGACGCUCUCGGAGUGUACAGGAGAGGCUAUUCCUGGGUCAAUGUACGAUUGGGCGAUCAAUGGGCCGACGCCUCGAGAUGAGACUUGGGUCUGUGAUUAA